GGAAGGAAAGGAAAGGAAGAAGGGAGGGAGGCGGAGGGCUGGGGGCCCGCAGAGGGGCUGGAGUUAAAGGACAAAGGGGGAAAGUGCUGCUGCUGGGCUGGGGGGGGGUCCGGGCGCCUUGUCUGCGUGCCUCAGGGCACCCGCUGAGGGGCCCUUCCCCGCUGAGGGGCCCUUCCCAGCUGGAGUCCCCCCCGCGAGCCCCUUGCUUGGGGUUUUCUUUGGGGAGCAGACACGGGUGUUUUGUGCAACACAGGGUGUAGCAGGGCUGUGGGGUUGCCUGCAGGCUGUUAGCAGGGCGUGUGGCUGGGAGGCAUGUGGGGUAGCUCAGGGAGGGGAGCGGCCCCACCGAGGGAGUGGAGGUGAACGCGAGGGUGAGAGCAGGGUUUGGAGCAGUCCUCGCUUCUGGAGCCAGUGCUUGGCCACACUGGUGCUGGGCAAGCGACACACGGCCUGCCCUGUCUGACCUGCCACAGUUAACCAGGUUCCUGCAUUCAGAGGCUCCUGGCAUGCUGGAAGGGCUGCUGCCACCCACACACGCACCACCCACACCUGGCGGUGUGCAACCGGGAGCUAUGGCUCAACCCACAGACGUCCUCCUCUCCCCCUGUCCUUCGGUGGGCCUGGCUGCUUGGAAGAGCUUCCAAGACCCUCAGACCUCAAGGACGACCUUUCAGCCAGGGAUAAAAAGCUGUCGGACGUGACUCAGCCGUCACGGGCAGGAGAGGGUGGUGCGUGUCAUGCUGUCUGCAUUGUGCAAGAGGUGGGAGGUAUAAUCUGAUUGUAAAAUAAAUAAUAAAUAAAUAAAUAAACAAUGUUUAACAAGGGAUUUGUAGUGUGCAAUAGUUAUUUUUAAGUAGACUUCAGGUUUAAUUCAGGUUUCAGUUCACAGCUAUAAAUCUAGCGUUGUACCAAGCAUAACAAAGGCAGAAAACACUACAAAUUAUUUUUGUAGUCCUUGGUAACGAUACCAUCUCUUAUCAUUCUUCCCACUGGCGCUUUAGUAAUUGUGAAUUGAAGAACACCACUGUUUCAUAAACAGAAUCACAAAUGGCAAACUUUUGCAAUACCACCCUGAAGUCUUUAGUUUUAGAAAUGGGAUUUUAACUAUGACAUUACGUGAAUUUGGACCUACCCAAAAGUUUUCCAUCCACACAUUUUAAAUAACACCAAGGCAUGCUAAUGCCCUAUUUAGACUGUAAAGGUGGAAGCAGGAAGAUUUUUUUUUUUUUGCAUUGUUCUUCAAUAUUGUACUUGCAUAGGAACACAUCUAGCAUUGAUGCUGUGAAAGCAAAGUAAGGAAAAUAAAUUGUUCAUCUGCUGAAUUGCUGCUUAAUCCUGCUCUUCUGUUGUUGCUCAAAAGAAGGAUUAUUGUCUAAAUCUCUACAUUUCUAGAGCUAGAAGAUUAAGGACAUAAAAUGACAUAACGGGGAUCACAUCUUCUUUCUUUGCUUUUUUUUUUUUUUCUUCCCCGUGGCCUUAGCAUCAAUUUAAAAACCUGCCACACAGAGAAAUUUCAGCACUGCUGUAUGUUUUCACUCACUGCUUAUCUGAACAGACCUUUGUUCCUUGACUUCUUUGCUUCUAUGCAUCAUACUUCCAGUUACAGCAGUGGCACUUUCUGGUCACUUCCCUGUUGCUAUAUGCCAUUGCUGCCAGAAUGGCUUCCAUGUUGCCAGUCUCGCCAUCCCUCCCCUGAGUUACUUCAUUCAAUCACCUUUUGCUUUGUGCAGUUACCUGUAAAGCAGCUAGCUACUUGUCGUUUAACACACACAAAAAAAGCUAAGAUUAAUGACCUACUAAAGUAGCGUUGGUACGCUAAACAUCCCCGGAAAGUCAUCUGUAGUGUCUUUGUAAGUCAGAUGGAAGAGUCAGUUUUUAUUGCCCCUUGUGACAAGUGCUUGCUGUUGCAAUCUUCCACUUCCUUUUUUUUCAGUGUAGAUUUUGUCCUUCUGUCUUAAUGCCUUUCCUCUUGAAUCCUUGAGCAACUGCCUGUCCCAUCUUAGCAGCCUUGCCUUUACAAUUUCACCUUUCAUGUAUGUCAUGGCUCUACUCUGUGGAAUUCCUCACCUCUCUCUCUCAAGUUAACAAUUUCCUCAAAAAAUUGAACAAAGGUUAUGCAGCUGUGCCAUAUCAGAACUGACAGCUGGAAAUGUAGGGAAGGUUGUAUUACUCCUUUUUGUGUUCAUCUUUGAAGCACACACAUGGGUGCAAGUCUUCCACAAAAAAAUUUGUACAUUCCUACAUUUUUUCAAGUCUUAGUAAAGGGAUGGGUAGAUAGCUUUCUGGAGAACAGAGGCAUAUAUGUAUUUUUUGUCAUCUGCCUUUGGAUGAUAACAACUACGUUAACCUUGUUUGUAAUAUAAUUGGCUAAAAGUGUAGCUCAGAGUGAUAAUUUGCUGGGAAAAAUAAGACCGAUGUAGCAAAGAAGUUGAGUAUACUGCACAGUUUUCUCCAUUAGUUCAUAGUGUCUAGAUUUAAUGAAAGAUUACCAUAGUCUUAAUUUUUCAGGAAGAAAGACCAGCAGUUUCCUGAGCUCAGGAGAUACUGAGAAGUGGUUUCCUACAGAAUUUUGUCUCAUGGUUUAUUCAUUUUUCUACCCCCUAAUUGCAAGAUCACACCAUUGGCUUUACCUGAAUAGGAAAAAUUAAAUGGAUAUUAGUCCACAGUCCUACAAAUGCUGUAACGGAUAUCACUAUGCCUGUUACAGAUGUGCUUUCUCUCUAGUUGGACAUCUUUUUUAAUUAUUAUUAUUUUCUAAAAAGCUGAAGUACUCUGGAAAAUACAUAUUUUUUACUUUUAUUAAAGAUGUGAUUGAAUGUGCACAAGCAUGCAUGUGAUGUAGUAAUGCGUAAGGUGGUGAUACAGCUGCAGAAAUAAGAAAUUAACUGGAUGACAGUAUUUAGGAUAUCAAAGCAUGCUGGUAUCAAAGCUGCACAAGCUACAUUUCUGUUGUGAAGAUGAGGUCAGUAGAGAACCACAUUGCCUACUCUCCUACAUCCCGCCUGCUCAUUUACUACGGAUUUGCAGAUUUCAUGCUGAUGCCUUGACUUGUUAGGGCCAUCGUGUUCCCAGCUAGGUGUCUCAGAUACUUUCCUGGCUGUAAGCAGUCCAGUGGCUUUGAUAGUGGAUUCUGUACCUGCCAGCUAGGUGGAUCAUUUGACUCACAGGCACCGUAUCCCAAUUUUAUUCUUAUCAAUGGGCUGGUGAAUAGACUACAUUAAAUCUAAAUUCAAUGAAUAGACAGCCCACUUGGGUAUGGGAUCACUUUUUUGCCUGGCUUUCAGAAUCUGCAAGCAACCAUGUAUACAUGUAUAAGAUGUGUCUAGUAUCUAAGUUUUACAAUGCCUAGAUACGUGAGAAGCCUCUGUGCUGCUGGACUACCCAACAGAUGAGUUCCAUGCUCCUGCAGUUCACAAGUACUCAUUUCAUAGUCUGAGUCCCAUAAAAAUAUUUUCAUUUGGGAAAUAUCAGAACAGCCCUGUGCUGCAAGCACUCAGUCACUCAGUGCUUCUCUACUAAUGGCUUUCUGUUCUCCACAGGGUGGGGUUGUUGGAUCUAUUUCUAUGUUUGUCCUAGUGUUUGGUCAAUGCACAUUUUGUUAUUGCGUGUGUAUUCCAGGGCAGUUUGUAUUUGUCCACCUGUCACAAGGCGAGGCCAUAACAACAAGUAAAGCAAAUGUAAAAUCUCAUAAUGCCCUGAAAGCCUAUGUCUCAAAAGUGUGGUUAAAAAGUAAUGUAAAAUAUCUUUAGUAUACUGCAAGACCGUAUCGGUGUCCAUUUUGGACUCCCCUAUACAAGAAGGAUAUUGUCAUACCAGGAAGAGUCUGACUGGGGUCCCCAAGAUUGUGGCUGGAAUGUGUAGGAUGUACAAUGAUUGAUGUGCAAGCAGAGGCUUAGAGAGCUGGUUUUGUCUUAGGAGAAGAGAGCUAAAUGAAGAUUUAACUAAUACCUUCACCUACCUAAUGGAAAGGUAUGAAGAGGGCAGUGGCAGGCUCUACUUGGGUGUACUCUGCAAAAGGACAAACAGAAGACACGAGCUGCAGCAGGGGAUUAGAGGGAAAGAAGUAUCUUCACUGUGAGCAUGAAACACUGGAACAAGGUUACCCAGGGAGGUUGUGGUGACCUAGAGAUAUCCAGAAGUCAACUAGACAUGGCCCGAGCAACCUGACCUAACUUUCAAGUUAAAUCAGACUUCAAAGAUGGCCCUCUUUUGUCUGGGAGUUUGGACUAUAUGAUCUUUAGAGGUCUCUUUCAACCUAAAUUAUUCUUUGAUUUAUCAGACUGCCCUUUAAGUCUUUUAUACAACUAUUGAUAGAAUUUUAUUUUCAGUAUAUUCUAAAUGUAAAGAGAGUAAAAGAAUAUACAUUCCAACAGGGAAUAUUUUCUUAAAACAAAAUGCAGAUGUUUUUUCUCCCAUUGAGCAAUUUCUUUGCCAAUAGUUAACAAAGAAGUAUUCUUUUGACUGUGAAUGCUCUCAAGAAGAUUUUUUUCUACCAUUAAUUGAUCAUAUCACGUAGCUAACUUAAAAUUUAUAGCUAAUAAAAGUUUUUUUUUUUUUUUUUUCAUGAAACUUUACAAUCCAGGAAAGUCUUGAUUACGCAGAGGAAUUCUUAUGUAUCCUUAUCUAUCUUCAGUGUAAUAGAGUCUAAAUUAGAUCUUAGGUAAAAGACCAAAAGAUGGGAGCAAAUGAGAGAUAAAGACAAUUUAGAACUAACCCAUUAUUUUUUUUUAGAAUUCCUACCUUCCAAAAAAUGACAUUUCCCUAAGCAGACAUGCCUAGAUUUCACUUAAAUUCAGUUUCAGCUGAAUGUUUGCACAGGGAAAUCACCUGCUCAUGCAAUAAUUCUUUCAUGUGUCAUUUUUACUUUUUUCUGUAUUACAGUGAAAUCAGCUGAAGGUGUCUUGCAGACCGGUAAGACAGACUCUGCACUUUUGUUAUUAUUGUUUCGUUUGCUUUGUUUUGUUUUGUUCUGGUUAAGUAGGAGUUAUUAAAUAAUACUUAAGGGCAAAUUGCUCCAUUAGGUUAGCACAUACGUAUCUUUUAUAUCCAAACCUUGGGAUUGUAUAUGUAAUCACAGCAUGCAUCUUUCCAGCUAGUUUAAAUGGAACAAAGCUUGCAAAAAAUGCCACAAAUCCUUGUCCCUUUCCUUGUAUCAACAGGACAAUGGUGAAACUGUGUGGAAUCAGCUGACUAAUUUAGCUGAAAACUAAACUACAAGGCAAGUGUUAGUUUUCAGCCUGAUGAACUGCUCUUACUACUAGGCCAUGUGGUUGUUAGUGUUGACAGAAAGAUUGGGGUAGAAAACUAUGCUCUGGGAAGCUGUGAAGGGCAGGAUUACCUCUGUCAUUGUUACCAGGAACAAAUAAAACUGAGGGAAAAUAUGCAUCUCCUGUCUUUUCCCUAGGUUACUCCCUAAACCUCAGUUCCACUGUUCCUUAUCCUUGCUUAUCCUACAGGUUUUGCAUCAUUUAGACUUGAUUUGUGGCCACUGUUGCAGCAGGACCUGCUUUACUACUUCAUAAGCAUCCUAACUACGGUGAUAGGCAGCUGGAGGUCCCUCUGGCCUGUGUGCCAGGCCUUGGUAACCUCUCCAGUUGUUUUUUUUCUGUAGAUUAUCUGCUGUUCAUCAAAACAAAGUUGUAGCUGAGUCCCAGCUCUACAGAAGGAGGAAAUACAGACUUCUUUGCCUUCAUUCAUACAGAGAUGUAAAAUGUUUUAAUAAAUAAGAACUUUGCAGCAAAGGCAAUUUCCAUUUUGAAUAGUGUUAUAAUAGUGUUGUCACCAACCUGUAGUUAAUCCUGUCUCUAAUAAAUCUCACCCCAUUACUGACUUUUUGACAGGAAUCUCAUCUUUUUAUUAGCCUAUUUCUGCUUGUGUCAACGAGUUGAGCUGGUCACAGUUUGAGGCCUGCUUUGGUACAUGCAUGAGCAGGGAAGAAUUUGUAUGAGCAAUUCACGGACAUCAGUGAACUCUACAAUCCCUGAAUUCUUGCCUUUUUAAGAAGGGGGUGUCUAUCCAUCUUCCCUGGAAAAUAUAAAAUACAGGCCAAAGAUGAUGUGAGGGAUCACAGUCUGCUUUAUGGCCUUCUUGUCACAUCCAUCCAUCUGUGAAUUCAUGUCUACAGCAUGAACUGUUCAUUUGGGUAAAUUUUUGGGUAAAUAUUUUUUUAACCAAUUUCUCCUUUUGUCCCGGAUCUAGGGAUAUCAGAGUUGGAAGUUAAGUGGGACGAUGAGGCCUACUUGUGAUGCUGGGAAAGCUGUAGGUGGUGCUAUGGAGCACUAACAGCCCUAAAGGUAACAGAUACAGAUAAACAGAUAAAGGUAACACCUGAAUAAACAGAUAAACAGAUAAAGGUAACACACUUUUACAAAGAGAAAGGUAUAGAAAAAUAGCCAAAGUUCUUAUGGGAAGCCCCUCAGCAUAUUUGCUCUCAUGUGUCCUACUUGCGGGUGGCUAGUGCAACAGCAGUGCCCGAGGGAAGGAAGAUGAGAUACUUGUAAGCUGUCACUGUCUGACUGAGCUGAGCCCAGCAACCGAGAAAGGUGUGCUUAGUUAACUCUACUGGCAGCCAGCUGCAGGUGGCAAUUGCUAUGCUGCCCAGUCAAUAUUUACUUUUUAUUUGUUGUGUGGUUGUUCAUGCACUACAUGCUAACUGACAUUAGGAGAAAAUUAAUUUUCUUAAGUGAUUACAGCUAGUAUUCAAGUAAUGCACACAGAUUUCUAUUAGUUUAUUGUUUUUUGUUUGUUUGUUUGUUUGUUUUGUUUUGUUUUUUAACUUUCUUCUUCCAAGUCAUACUUCUUCCAAUUCCCAUUGAAAUUGCUGUAUUUCCACUUUAUUUGUUGUGCCAGAGCUGCAGAACUACUGAAGCAAAAGGUUCAGAGUGAAUUGAAGCUGCACUAAUAUUAUGGCUCUUCCUGUCAUCCUGUGUGGUCUUCAAAUACAUUUUGUUUGUUUUACUUCUGUCUAUGCAAGGACUUGCUUUUGUCCUGGCUUUGCAUUCAUUUGGGAGUUGGCAUCCAGUCCUGGUUGGUGCUUUCCUUGCCAAACACAUAUUUGUUGUCCUGAUUAUAGAUAUUGCUAAUUAUGUAUCUUUUCUCCCCCAUCAACAAAUUAUCAUGGGAUAUCAGUUUUUCAUCUGUCAUUUUUCCUUGAUAAACCACAUGCUGCAUGUCUGUCCUUAGGCUACGAUAAAUACAAACUAUUAUAAAUCAAUUUAAUCCUUUUUUUGGUGAACUAAAUCCCAAUCUCUUCACUAUUUCAUUUGGCCAGAAUGGUCUCCCCGUGACAUUUCCUAAUGAUUUGUGAUGAGAUUGCAUAUUUACUCCAUGCACUGGUGGAAUUGCUACCUUCUGGGGUGUUCAGUCUCUUCAUUUUCUAUAAGAGCUCAGCUUUUUAUGUCUGGAAGGGCUAUCUUAGCAGAGACUUUGUAUGGUACUACUCCUGGGCAUCUGUUGCAAGCCUCUCCCUGUAACUUUAGUUGCUUUAUAUGUUUACUGUACAUUAGCCUAAUGCCUCACUUUUUUAUGUAUUCAGAUCAGGUCUGCCCUUUUCACACUUUGGUUAUCUCUGUCAAUCACUUAGUUCAUUCACUUAGGCCUUGACAUUUCUUUAAUUGCCCUCAGUUGUCCAGGGUCCAGUUGAACUCCCUCAGAGCUCAACAGAUGCCUGCCAUAGUUGUUUAUAGGUUUCUUCUGCUUCAGUUACUUUCUGUCCAUCCUAAAAUAGUGUCUUCAAUGCUUUUAGGAGUUGCUGGAUUCGUGGCAGUAGAUUGUCUUUCUCAUGCAAUCUCCUGCUGCUGCUGCUGCUGUAAACUUCAACUUUAGGCUUGGAAGUCCUCUAUUCCCCCAUUGUCAUUUUCUUGUGCAUUUGUAGAAAAUAAUAUGUUCUCUCUCAUAAGCUCUCUACUAGCUAUGUCUUGCAUCUGAUCCGGUGGUAUAAGCAGAAGUUUGAGUGAGAGUAUUUAGUAUUCUGGCGGCAUUCAUCUGUCCCAGUCUCCCCAGGAGAUCCUAGGUUGCUGAUAGCAUCUGAUCCCCAGGAGCACAAUGUACUAGCCAAUACGAAGCCCUCACAUUGUGACCACGGCGUGUUGUUCAUGUGCCACUUCUUUCAAGACUGAAGAAAUUGUAACUGGCCUAUUGAACAAAUGCAGUGCUUUAUUCAAAUCAGGCACUGGUCUUCUGUGUUUACAUUUUCAGCCCCUACAAAACUGUCCAGCAGUGGUGUGAGUGCUGUUAUUCUGAACAGGGUUCUUCUAAAUGGUUGGGUUUUCUUCUUUCCUUUAUAAAGGCUUUUUCUUCAGUUAGGCUUUGGGCCUCCGCUCUUAAAACUGCUCUAGCUUCUGUGCUGUCACUGGCAUGCUGACAUGUGCUGCUUACAGCACUGGGGUUGACGUGGAGCACCCUUCUGCAAUUGCUUUACAUCACACCUAACACGUGGCGCUCUAGUCUCCUUUGGGGACUCGUGUAUUUCAGUCCCUGCCUUUUUUCUGGUGCCUAGACUCCUCCCCUUAAACCUGAAAAAAUACUUAAAGCAAGCACCUGUGCCACCCGGGUGCAUAUCCCUUCCUCACUUGCAAGACGGGCUUUGCCCUGUAUCUGCUAAGACGUAACAGUUCUGGGUCUUGCUUCUUGUUACGCAGCACUGACAAGUGGAUCGACCCUUGGGCUGUCGUUUUCUGGCGCUUGUGUCCUUCAUAAUUAUUCAGGAAUGGAUAAGGUGAUUGCCCGUCCAUACAAAAGGCCAAAUGCUCUCUGUAGGCUGAUUUGCUUUCCCUGGGCUGGAGGUAACUGUUCUUUCUUUAUUCGAUGGUGCGAAGCCUUCAGCAGCAUAAUUGAAGUGUCCGUUAUAAGGCUUGCUGGAAGAGAAUGUCGUGAUACGGAGCCUUUUCCAGAAGACAUGGCAGAAGUAGUUAAUGAAAUUACAAAUGCUUUGUUAAAAGAUCUGCAAGAAAAACCAUUUGCAUUAUUUGGUCACAGUUUUGGAUCUUUCGUUAGUUAUGCACUUGCAGUACACUUGAAAGAGAAGCACGGAUUAGAGCCGGUCCAUAUGUUUUUCUCAGGGUCAUAUGGCCCACAUAGUGAAUAUUUUCAUCUGAUGUACAAAUUGCCUGAAGUAGAAGAUAGUCGCUUGCUUGAACUUAUACACACAUUAGGAGGAACUCCUCCUGAGUUUCUGCAAAAUGAACAAAUCACCAAACAUUUGUUACGUGUUUUAAAAGAAGACCAGAAAGUUCUUGUCACAUAUCCUUGGCACGAUGUAAGAAAGAAAUACUUCUCUUGUGAUCUUACCUGCUUUAACGGGUCUGAUGAAAAAAACCAUGGCUCAGAAGCCUGGAUUGCAAUAACCAGUGGAGAUACUUCCAUUUACAGUCUUCCUGGAAAUCACUUUUAUCUAAUGGAGCCUUCUAACGAAACUUUCUUGAUAAAAUACAUAACUAAAUGUAUAGAAAAUUCUGACAUAUGAGUAUUUCCCUCCAUUUUAAUAAUAGAAGGUGUAAGAUAACUCCACAGAACUUAAUAAUUAAGUCAUUCUUUCUGUUAAAUUGCAUUCAGUUAUGCCUAAAUGUAACUCUGUUCCUCCAGAACAUUUUUAUUGUAAUCAUUUAAAAGAAGUUGUUCUGUUACAAAAAUAAACAUUGUCUUCAUGUCUUAAAAGUAAAAACUUUUCAUCUUUUCCUUC